CUUUCUUACGCUGUCAGAUUCCUUAUUAGCUCUCAAUUUAUUUGCUGCAAAAGCCCUUUGCUUGUACUUUCACCAGGUAAAAACGACCAGCCCGAUCCGCGUUUUAUCGUUUGGAAAAUGAUCAAGCUAUUUAAAGUCAAGGAAAAGCAGAGGGAAAUUGCAGAAAAUGCCAAUGGGAAGGCCCCUGUAAAGAAGCAAAGUGCCGGAGAAUUACGCCUUCAUAAAGAUAUCAGCGAACUGAAUCUACCAAAAACAUGUAGCAUUUCAUUUCCCAAUGGCAAAGAUGACUUGAUGAACUUCGAAGUUACCAUUCGGCCUGAUGAAGGUUAUUAUCUAGGUGGCACUUUUUUAUUCUCUUUCCAAGUUUCCCCCAUCUACCCCCAUGAGGCACCUAAGGUCAAAUGCAAGACAAAGGUGUACCACCCUAACAUUGAUUUGGAAGGAAAUGUUUGCCUCAACAUUCUAAGAGAAGAUUGGAAACCUGUUCUGAACAUAAACACCAUUAUUUAUGGAUUGUUUCAUCUCUUCACGCAACCCAACUAUGAGGAUCCUCUCAAUCACGAUGCAGCAGCUGUUUUGAGGGACAACCCCAAACUGUUCGAGUCCAAUGUGAGAAGAGCGAUGGCCGGUGGAUAUGUGGGCCAAACCUUCUUCACACGGUGUAUGUAGCUGCAUCUUGUAUCAAAAAGCAUCCAUGUGCUUGAAGGGUCAACAGCUGUAUAUUUGGGUUGUAAGACAAGCGUGCUGUUAGGAGACAUAUUCUUCAGGACUGUGUGAGGCACACUUGGAAUUGUUUCUAUGCUUCUGUAAUUUAUGAUGUGUUUGUGAAAUUGGCUGGGUCAUCAUUAUUUUCUCUCUUUGAGUGAAACAAGUUGGGGAAUGUGGAACUUGAGACUUUUUUUUUUUAUCAUGUAUUUGUUUAUUUCAUCUUUGCAAGCAAGGAUAUAUAUUUUACCUCAAUGACAAGGGAAAUCAUGCUUUAUCCUGCGACCCA